AUGGAUUCUCAGAGCACCGAUAGACAUGACAGCUUCCAAAAAGAAGACAUCCACUUGGACUUCUUUGCAGAGGGCAACAUCUACGGGCCAGAUGGGGGAUACUACCAUGAUGGCGAGAAAAUUGCCGAACUCAAAGCUAAGAUCAUGCAUCUGUUAGCCAACCUAUUCCCUCCCACAGAGAUUAAGCGGCCUAUUAUUCGACGUCUUGGACAAGGCUCAUAUAACAUGGUCAUUGGGGUAUCUGUGACGCCCAGGAUUCACGCACAGAAGAACGAUUCAACCUACAGUCCCCGAAUCAUAAGACUGCUUGGUUCACCGCCCAAGCCACUAACUUUCGCGUUAAGGAUUCCGGUGGAGUCGUGGUUUGACUUGAACGGUCCAUCGGGAAGCCUCAUAAGGAGCGAUAUACACCAAGAUGUAGCAACUCUUUGUGUUCUAGGUCAGCGCCUCGCGGUGCCUAUUCCUACUAUCAAAGAGUUCGACGUCACAGAUAUCAACGCCCUCCGUCGGCCAUACAUGCUGCAGAGCUUCGUGCCAGGUGAAAGCCUUAUGAGGGUUUGGCAUGAAUUGAACCUUGAUCAAAAGGCGUCAGCGGUUCGCCAACUGACUCGCAUCGUAGAGACCAUCGCGUCCAUCACCUCCCCAGCAGCCGGUCAAAUUUCCUUCAACAACAUCACUUCGCCCAGCUCAGAGAUCAAGCUGGAUCAAAUCCUCAUUCCCACUAAGGAAUUCACGUAUAACAAACCGAACCUCAACACCGUUGAGAAGCGUGAGGCGCCGCAACAGACGCCAUGCCAAUUCCUGAUCGACUGCUGCAACCGCUGGAUGAGGUACGAAUCCCUGAUCGGCCCAACCGAUGGCUUCAAAGAGUCACUCUGGUUCAGCAUCAUCGAGAUCAUUCACGUAAUCGACGAUAUGGGCUGGCUCGGCGACCGCUUCCACCUGAUGCAUGGCGACCUUUUCGCGCGCAACGUCAUGGUGGAAGUCAACAGCCGCACAUCGGUCAAGAUCACUGGCAUCGUCGACUGGGACAUGGCAUGUUUCGUACCAAAGAUCAUUGCGCUCCGGAGCCCGUUCUGGGCUUGGAAGGGCAUUCAUCACGAUGAGGCUGAUGAGAACAAGGUGGCGAAGGUGCCUUCUGAUCAGUUAGGUAAGGCGCUGAAGGCUGCGUUCCUGAGUACGGCGUCGCAGGAGUACGUCAAUAUGGCGUUAGGGGAUGAGGGUGUGAUCGCACGGAAAUUGUAUAAUGUGGUUACAGGUGGAUUGAUGACGUCUAGACAGCGAGCAAUGGCUGCAGGACUGAUUCAACAUUGGAAUGUGAUCUGUCCUAAGGAGUAUCCCUCUGGAGUUAGGAAAUCGAAGGGCGUGCUUUGA